AUGUCACUUUCGAAAAUAGAUCGGCAACAGCAAACCUACGGUUCUUUUACCAAUGAAGUGAUCGUUGACGAUGUCCCGGAUGUUAGUGAGCUUACAGGCGGGGCACGUGUCUUGGCCAGGCGUCCACGUUCGACCUCAUUUGAACCGGGAUUUGUGAACGGCAGUAUCGAGGGCUUGCCUGUGAAUGAUACUUUCCUCGUCAACUAUGAUAGUGGAGAUAGCAUUGCGAGGAAUAUACAGGAUAUAAGAAUCGCUGUCAAACCACGUUCUUGUAGUAAGUAUCAGUAUUCACUGAGCCUGGUACUUAUUCAAGCAUAAACACAAGCAAGCAGAAAGCUUGGAUGUUCUGAUGCUUGUGGUGUUCUCGGCGCUGUGUCCUCACUACAACGCAAGAUAAAGAGCAAGCAUAAUACUCAUAAGGAAAAGAACACAACGUUUUGAUAUUCUUAUGUGUACUGUUUAUGUUUAUAAAAAUCAAUACGUUGGAAUGGUUUGAUCCCCUUUAACCUUAUGUCUAUGCUUGCAUCGAGAGUUUUCGCUACCGCGCGUUAAUAUCCACCAGUCAGCUCUCAUGCAACUCUUGUUCUCGUAUGACCCCAGUUGAGAAAAUUCUCAAUUUUCAUACAAAAACUCUCGCUUCUCAACUCUCAUCAACAAGCUGUAAGAUUUUUACACAUGUAUGAUUCAUUAUGAUUAUCUAGUGAACGAGAAAGGGAUCUACAUUGGCUGCUUUGAAAAUGUCGUCAAUAAUUUCUUGACCAAUUACUACCCUGUCAACCCUACGGACGUUGCCACGUGCAACUGGGCGUGCUUCACACGUGGUUUCCGCUUCGCUGGAUUGCAGAAUGGCACGUGGUGUUUUUGUGGUAAUCACGUGAACGAUUCCCUGAAGGUUGACGAUAACGAUUGUAAUAUUGCAUGCCGGGAUAGUCGCGAAGAUGUGUGCGGUGGAUAUCAAAGGAUGACUGUGUACUGGACAGGUUAGCUUGGGAUAUCACUAGUUGCCUUUGGCUCUAUAAUCUAAUAUAAUGAUAUGAUAAUUAAUACUAAUAGUAUAUAAAUAUACACUUUCUAACAAUAUAUAAUCAUCUAAGAAUCCCAGUAUAUUAUAGCCUUUGUAAAUAAUCUAGUUGGCUCUUUCUACUGCCCUUUUGAGGGCCACAAGUUUGUCAACUUUGCUGUUACGUAUCUAUGCAUGGAUAUCUUGGUCAUCAAUUCGUUUUUUUUUACACUUUUCGUUUAGGCGCAGAUUAUGAUGAUAAUAGUACUAGUGACGUUAGCGAAUUUGCAGGUACUGUAAGCAUAUAGUAGCUAAUUAACCAAUUAGCAAACUAAUUAAUUAACAAAGUAAUUAACGUACUAACUAACCCAUUAACCAUAUGUAACCGUAUCCAAAACACGAGUGAACUAUUUGUUACUAUCUAACAAACUAACCAAUUACUUCACUGACAAACUGACUACCAUACUGUGAGUAAUUAGCAAAUUAAUGAACUAAUUAAUAUACUAGUUAACAAGCCAACUAAUUAAGUUCGAAUACAAAAGUAAGCGAUAAAAAAUUAUUUCACAACGUUUCGAUGCAAUUUUUUAUGCCAUCAGGAUAUCAUUUAUAUCUAAAGUGACUAAAAUAAAAUUACUACAAAUACAAAACGUUUAUAUGCUGGAGUGAAUAAUGUUUUGUCUUAAAACAACAAAGUAAUAAUAAUUGUUUUAAUUAAAUUAAGUAACUGAGUAUAUAUGACUAUAUAACUAACAUACGAGCUAGCUAUAACUCAAUAAUUCUCGCUAAGUAGUUAACUAACUAAAUACUAUCCAAUUAAGUAACAACCUAUUCAUUAACUACAUUAUUUCGACUGUCUUUGAACAGACGCCGCAGGACAAGUAACGUCUGACCAAGACCUGUUAAAAUUGGAAUCCUCUGGGAAAAGCGCAUGUGCAGAUGUCUAUGACAGUGCACAAUGCAAUACUUGGGCUGAUCAAUCAAAGUGUAUCGAGAGUCCUGAUUGGAUGAUUGCAAACUGCAAGAAAAGUUGUUAUGCAUGUGAUUAUGAUGACCAUGGCUCAGAUACAAACGGUUAGUAGUGAUCGGCUGAUCGAGUUGUACUGUGUGUAAAUCAAGCACACAGCUCGCGCUGUGUAAAUCAAGCACACGUGAGUUUGGAGCAAUAUUGUUAAAAUCUCAUCGAAAUAAAAUUACAAUAAAAAUUCUUAUAAUCUAGACAAACCAGAUCCCAGUCCUCAGAAGUACACUCCAGUUACGUCUUCCUCGCCUCAGUCCCAACCCAAUAUGUAUCAACCUGGUUACCAGACCUCUUCCAGUUACGCACAGAAUUCCUACUCGACAUCCCAGGAUUCCUCGCAAUCUUCUUCAAAGAAAUCUGAUCAUCCUGUAUUAGACAGUAAGUGCUGGAUUCUUUUAGCGAAGUUUAUUCCAGUUAAGUAAAACAGAUUAAAACUGUUUUUGAUAUCGACUAUUUUAAUUUCUCUCCGUACCAAAUUAAGUACUGUCGAACCCCUAUCAAGCGGACCCUUCGGUGACCUCACCAAUAUGUCCGCUUAAAAGAGGUGUCCGGUUAAUAAGGAUUUGCAACGGCGGACACAGCAAGGGGCAACGCCCAACUAAUUUAGGAACAGUAGCGAUCAAAUGUAAACAUGCCAGCGGAGGGCUUGGUUAUGCUGUGGAACUUCCCGCUGCGAGUUCCAGUUUCGAGGAGACAGUUGUUCUUGCAAUUGCUUGAAAGACAAAUUAAAAGUUUGUUUUAGGAGAUUAGUUCAAGUUAUUAGCGUUUACACUGCAUAGAAAUACUGCAAAACAUUAAAAACAAAUACAUGUCUAGUUAAUUUUCUUCUAAUUGAUUAUUACCAUUGAUUGUUAUGAAAAUUUAUUUUAGCAUAUUUACAUUCAUCCGUAGCGUUUGUCCGCUGAAAACAACACAGUAUAACCACUGUUAGUUGUUUUGUACUAACACCAUCAUUCCAUUAUUUUCCAGACACGAGCAAUACACCGGGUUAUCUCGGAUGUUUCCGAGACACGCCGACCUCACACGAUCUCGAAUACCUUGCUGACAUCAGACCAUUGUCAAUUCGAGCGUGCAUCACUAAAUGUAAAUCCAUAAGAUUUCCCUACGCUGGCGUCCAGUCCUCCUCGUCCUGCUACUGCGGCCUGCACUACGGUAAAUAUGGUCAGCUGGAACACGAGGACUGUAAUACACCCUGCGAAGCUGAUGCAUCCGAAAUGUGCGGUGGAGUUUACAAGAAUUCUCUGUAUCACACGGGUAUCAAUUCGUAAUUUUUUAUAUAUUCUAAUAGUUUUGUAAAAAGUAUAUAUUUUGUCACUGAUAUCGUUUUUGUCACUGAUCGUUUUUUUGUCACUGAUACCACUUUUUGACCCGCUAUUUUUAAUAAUUGUUGCAUUGGCGUCAUUGGGGCAAUGACUAAUAUUGUAAUAAAUUCUGACUCUGAUAAAGGUACAAGUAUACAAUAAGCAGGUUAUUUAUGAUAUCGUCCCUCAAGCGAUAAAACGGAUAUCGUCUCGCCCCUCAUAUGAUAACCUGUACAUAUAUGUCCUGUGAAUUUUUAUAUCGGGCCAGAACGCAUGCCCGAUGGCUCCGAUAUAAAAAUUCGAUCCAGUACACAUGUAAUUCUGCAUUGUGUUCCCUCCUAACUGGGCUCAUUUUCGUUUAGGUUUCCCUGUUAAAUUCAAGUCUGCAGAAAACGCUUUAACAAGUGAGUUUUUGUUAUUUCAUUACUGUGAAAGAAAUACCUACAAUCCUAGAGGCUGCCUGAAAUCUUCAUUCAAACGAAUUCCUUCCAUCUGUUUAACAUUUCCUGCGAGCAGUGCUCGCGUAUUUUUUCCACCCCGUCUGGGCAAAAGUAAAAAGUCAAGCGGCGAUUAAAGGAAAAGAUUGAAAGCCUUCAUUCCAGUUUAAUUAACAAAGUUUCUUAUUCAACAAAUCAUGGUAGUAUAUGUAGUAUGUGAAUCCAUAACUUAAAAUCAUCACGAUAGUCUACAUCAUAUCAUAUUUGACAGAUUGUUUACUUUUCACAGGAAAGAACCUUCCUUCGUUAGCAGUAAACAACAUGGACAGUGGCAGAGCUUAUCCACUCAAUCCUUCUUAUAAUUAUCCCUCUCAAAAUCCGCAGACCUCCUACCCGCAACAAAACCGUGGCUAUACCCCACCCGUUUACCCUCCGCCCGCAUCGCGUUAUACAUCAGGUUACCCUCAGACCUCAAACACCCGAACAAACGCAUACCAAUCCGCAUAUAAUUACAAUAAUCAGGCAAGUAGUCCGGUACAGUCUGGAACCACGAAUGCCGACACUAGGAACUUUUCCCCGGCGGACUCAAGUUCGUAUCGGUGGAGAGAGACCUAUGCUAAACUCCGGCAACAGGAACAAAAUCGCUAUUCCAUACCGAGUCUCAGAAAUCUUAAACGAAUCAGCAAAUUACCAGGAAACUCAUGGUCUAACAUUCGUGCAAAUUCUAAGAAACGCCUAUAUCCAAGGAAGGACAAGACAAAAGAUUCUUCGAAACUCCAAAAUCUUGGAAACAACGCGAAAACUCUGAAAGAAACUAAAGAAACUUCCACGAAAUCAGGCAGUAGAAGCAGCAGUUACUCGCAAUCACUCUACAACCAAUUCAUGUCCCAAAUUUACAAGAAUUCUCAGGGGACCAACUCCGGUGGGGAUAAGAAGGUUCUACGAAAGAGCACUAAACGGCGACACAAACAAUCGGGAAAACCAGGUGUAUUUCUAAGAAAGAAGGCCUCAAAAAAGAACAGCUUUCUCGCGUUCCUUCCACACGAGGUGACGGAGAACGAAUCGCUUUUGCAAAACGUCUACAACAUGCUCUCGGUGAUGUUGAAAAAUCUCAGAAAACAUAAGAAAAGUUCCAUGAAAAAUCUCAAGAAAUAUUUGAAAUUCUCGGAAAGCAACGAGGAAAAUUCGAAAUUUACGAGAAAAACGCCGCUGCAUGUUUCAGACCAUGAAAAAUCGGCAGAUCGUUCGAAGAAGCCGGCUGAACGGAAAGUGGAAGGCACGAAGACACAUAAAUCUGAGAAAUUUGGUGGCAAGCGUGUGGAACUUGCCCCAUUACAGCACCGGGAAAUGGCUAAGAAUCAUUCUUCAGUGGGACAAAAGCAACUAAGCAAGCCAGAGGAAAUCUCGAAUGCUAGUAUGCAGCCGAUGACGUAUACACCACGUGAUGAUCAGACCAUGACCAAUGGGAAUUCAGCUGAUAACCACCCAAUCAGCAACCGAGCGAAGUCUGCUGUGAAUUUGAACAAUGAAAAUGCACAGUCAUUCACAAAUAUAGUUCAAACACAUCACAAUGACGUUGGCGAAUCAAGUCAAUCACAGACGAGGAAGAAUGUAUCUAGCAAUUCACCUCAAAUACAAACCAAGUUAUCUGGGGUUCAUCGGAAUUUGUCGGAAGUCGUUCCGAAGGUAAGCGAGAGUCACUGGCCUUAAAUGUACACUGGAUAGAGCAACCUUUAAUGGGAACAUUAGAGCCAUUUAUACAAGCGAAAAUAAGCCGCGGCUGAAUAAGCCCAGGGUUGAAAGAUAGGUCUAAAUAAGCCACGGCAUGUUGCGAAUUGACUGUUUAUACGAGUCGUUCACGACUUAUUUAUCAAAUUUUAUUUCCAGAGUAAAGAGGGGAAAGUGCUGGAGCAUCAGGCCAAUCUAACGAGAAUUCAGGAAACAACAAGUUACAAAUUGCAACUGCCCAAAUUUGGUGAUACCUUUGAACAUUCUAAGAAACCAGAGAGCAGUUUUCGAAACCAGUUAAGAAAGAAUGCUAGCCUAGAUCAAGAAGACGUGCGGAAAACUGUUCCACCGAAAACGAAGUAUACAAAAGGAAUUUCGAAGAAAUUAAACAAAAAGGAAUUGCCCAGCUUCAAGGUAAGACAACGGUCGCUUGCAUUUGCAGCCAGAGUGCAAAUAGUCCUUGUUUAGCUGUCGAUCCUUUUCUCUGAAACCCCAAGCAGUUAGAGCUAUGUCGCUAAAAAUGAGUCAAGGCUUAAAUCCUUAAUUCGUUGCUUUUCUUUAGACAGGGGGUAAAGCUAGCGUAAACCUGGACCAACAAAAGACGAGAAGUCAAACAAAUGAAGACGACACGGUGGAGAAAAGUGACGAUGAAAUGAUCUCGAGUAUCGUUGAUUUGCUAGAGAAAGAAAAGACAAUAAGAACAAUGAAAAACAGCAGAGAUGAUCAAAGAAAACAGAACGAUAGUGAAACAGAACAACACGAAAAUGAAGAGAAACGAAAGAAAAGGCAUAACAAGAAGAGGAAAAAGGAAAAGCAUGAACGAAAACAUAAGGUAAGAACUGGCAAGCAUGAUAAAGAGAACAUCACAAAAAGGAUAUAUAAGAAAGACCAUCUAGGACGAGCCAGGGCUGAUGGGGAAGCAAGUGAUGAUGAUGAUGAUCAUGACGAUGAAAAUAAUUUGAUGCAAGAAGAUGAAAAUUUCCGAGAAAAUAAUGGCAGCAAUGAUGAGUGAAAAAAUAAUAUAUUAUGCAUAGAGCAUUGGCGAGUUGUACAAUACACAAAACACUCUUCUUGGCAGAGUGGAAAACGAAUCGAAACCUGCGAACCUAGAAACUUUUUGUGAUCUACAUUUUCGCAGAAAUUUCACAGAAUUUUAUGUUUCGUAGUUAAUUCUGAAAAUUUGAAUUAUUGACAUGGUUAAACACCUUUCCUAAUCUACUAAACUCGAUACCUAAAUAUUUCAUCAGAUAGUUUCAUUAAAAAUAUUCACACAGCCUGCAGUAGGAAAGUUGUUUUUAAAUUAAUCUUGUA